AUGCACAAAGACUUCAAAGCUUGGGCACGGGCUUGCCUGAGCUGUCAACGGAGCAAGGUCCACCAGCACAACGAGGCACACAUUGGCACCUUCCCCGUCCCCGGUACGAGGUUCACUUAUGUCCAUCUGGACAUCGUGGGCCACCUGCUUCCCUCCAACGGCUGUUCUUACCUUCUCACCUGCGUGGCUCAAUUCACCCGGUGGCCGGAGGCUAUCCCUCUCCCAAGUGGCGAGGCUUCUACGGUGGUCAAAGCCUUCCUCAGUCGUUGGCUUGCCAUCUUCGGCGCCCCAUCCACUAUCACGACUGAUCCCGGUGUUCAGCUGUUCCCGCAUCCGCACUAA